ACGGAGUUCACUCUCGAUAACUUGAAGCCUGCCCCCGGCAGCCGCCAAAACAAGAAGAGAAAGGGGCGAGGUAUUGCUGCCGGACAAGGUGCUACUUGUGGUUUCGGUAUGCGUGGUCAGAAAUCUCGUUCUGGUCGCCCUACACGCUCUGGUUUUGAAGGAGGCCAGACCCCUCUGUACCGCCGACUUCCUAAGUUUGUUGGGCGUGCCACUGGACCGGGUCACACUAAAACCAUCUAUAACAUCAUUUCAACAGACUCUCUCGAAAAGGCCCAAUCGGGAAGUACCGUCAGCUUUGAAUCGCUUUUGGAAAACGGCCUCAUCACUAAAUCUAAGUUUAAGCUCCACAAGGUUGUUUUGGGAAAGGGUGAGAGUGCUGUGGCCAGCAAUCUUACUGUACAAGCACAUGGAUUCACAAAGUCUGCACAGGCAGCGAUUGAAUCUGCGGGAGGCAAAUGUGAAGUCUUGAGCCCUACAACCAAUAAAGUUCUGGAAGCAGUCUAA